UGUGAUAUAAUUAGAUAUGGGUUUUUCAGCUUUCCUAUUUAGUGUAGUGAGGUCUUAUAUUUUGAUUAUGCUUAUUGGAGCAGCUGCAUGCGCCAAUAAUACAACAUGCCAAUUUCAAUCUUUGUAUCAGUUUGGUGAUUCAACCUCGGACACUGGGAACUUGGUUCGAAUACUCCCUUUCGGCCCCUUUCUUCCCGCUGCUCGUCAGCCUUAUGGUCGAACUUUCCCUGGGAAGCCAACUGGCCGAUGGUCCGAUGGCCGACUCAUCAUAGAUUUUUCAGCUGCUUCGGUUGGGCUUCCACCGUUGAAUCCUUACCUGAAAAAGUAUGCUUCUUUUGAAAAUGGAGUAAAUUUUGCGGUUGCUGGUGCUACAGCGCUCAACAUGUCUUUCUUCACAUCGAAAGGCAUAAUUGUUCCGCUAAGCGUUGGCUCCCUUGCCCGUCAGCUAACUUGGUUUAGGAGACACUUAACCACUAUUUGUUCUGGGCCAUCAGAUUGUGCUGACAGGCUAAACAAGUCAUUGAUUUUCAUGGGAGAAAUUGGAAGCAACGAUAUAAAUUAUCCAUUGACUCAAGGCAAAUCCCUUGAAGAAAUCAAGACCUAUGUGCCGUUUAUCAUUCAAGCUAUUGUCAACGCCACAAGAGAGAUCAUUCGUGCUGGUGCCUCACAAAUCGUGACUGCAGGAAACUUCCCUAUUGGGUGUUUCCCUUAUACUCUCAGCGCUUUUUCUAGUAAUGAUUCAACAGAUUAUGAUGAAAAUGGGUGCAUAAAACGCUUGAACAAUCUUGCAAUUUAUCAAAACUCCAACCUUCAGACUGCUCUAUACUCUCUUAGAAGGGAAUUUCCAAAUGUUGUUAUACUCUACGCAGACUACUACAAUGCUUUUCUAACAAUUCUUCGUCAAGCGCCUAUUCUCGGAUUUGAUCGUAGAACUUUGUUGAGUCCUUGUUGCCAAAGUAGAGAUUAUAAUCCUACUAGUCCACAGUUUUGUGGAGGGAUUGGUGUGCCUGUAUGUGACAAUCCAAAUCAAUAUGUGCAUUGGGAUGGUUUACAUCUAACGGAAGCAGUGCACCGUCAAAUCUCCAAAAUUAUUGAUACAAAUUUAGUUUUGGGGAAAAACUGCACCUUUUAAUAUUGAACAUGUAACUUUAUAAAUUACGAUUGAAUAAGUAAACAGCAUGCUGUUUAAGAUUGAACAAUUCAGAGAUAUUUGUUAUGUUUGCCAUUAAAUCAUCAUUUGCA